AUGGAACGGGAAGCGCGCCCUCAAAUCACCACAUUGCGGGAGCGAUGGCAAGCAGAGCAUUUCCCCGACAGUCUGGCGCAGACCCGAGUGGCGACGGAGAGCAAUGACGGUAAAGCCACAGAGCUCAGUGAGCUGAACGCUCCCCAAGCUCGAGUCGAAAACCCUACGACCAGCUCCCUCGAAGAUCCUGCCUCGUCUGCGGAGCCCCAAUCAAGACCCUGGUUGACCGAGCUUGAAGCGCCUUCGCCAGCUACGAACGAGAGCAGAGGAUCAUUCUUGGACGAUGGAGAAGGCCGGAAAACUUCAAAUGAAGGGUUCGCUAGACAGCCAGAAUCUUCCGGGCCGGUUCAGAAUGGCUUCAGGGAGGCAGAAGGGCAGAAAUUGAAGACGAGCGAGUCACCAGUGCGAAAAGUCGAGUACUCGCCCUUCCUGACCGAGCUAUACACUGUAUCAUGGCUAAUAUUCUUCUCUUUCUGGGGCACACUGGCUCGAGUUGGAGUUGAGGCCCUUACUUUGUAUCCCAAUUCACCGUUCGCAUCGAGAGUCCUGUGGGCCAACCUGGGAGGGUCUUUUGUGAUCGGCUUCUUGACUGAAGAUCGGCGGCUCUUUCAGGAAGAAUGGGGUACACCUAACCCAGGUGCUGGCCAUGCUGCGCACGUCAAGGUGAAGAAGUCUAUUCCGCUCUACAUUGGCCUGGCUACCGGUUUCUGCGGAUGCUUUACCUCUUUUUCCUCCUUCAUGAGAGAUGCUUUUCUUGCACUCACGAAUGCUUUGGAGUCACCGAAUCCGACGACACCAUAUCAGGUCGACCCAACCGUUCAUUCGCGGAAUGGUGGGUUCUCCUUCCUGGCGUUGCUGGCUGUCCUUGUCGUCGAGCCAGCAGUCUCAAUUGGAGCCUUGAAAGCCGGUGCGCAUUUCGCUCUACUCCUUCAGCCUGUUACGCCAGUCAUAUCUCAUCGCCUUUCUAGAAAAUUGCUUGAGCCGGUGGCUACGGUGCUCGCAUUUGGGUGCUGGCUAGGGGCCAUAUUCCUGACCAUUUGGCCACCAGGCAACAAGACACAUUGGCGAUAUCGAGCGACGUUUCCUUUGGUGUUCUCACCACCGGGAUGCCUGCUCCGUUAUUAUCUAUCGAAGCACCUGAAUGGUCGAAUUCCAGCAUUCCCACUGGGAACGUUUGUCGCCAACAUCCUUGGAACAAUAGUACUGGGUAUGGCGUGGGACUUACAGCAUGCGACAGGAAUAGGCGCAGUUCCAGGGGCCACUGCAGUGGGCUGUUCGGCCUUGCAGGGGUUAAUGGAGGGCUUCUGCGGGUGUUUGACGACGGUCAGUACAUGGGUCUUAGAACUAGACAGCUUGCGACGUCGACAUGCGUGGAUUUAUGGAUUGGCCAGUACCGCGGUUGGACUAGCAUCCAUGAUCAUUAUCAUGGGUAGUAUGGGGUGGACCAUCGGUUUCGCAACACCUUUUUGCAGCUGA